ACAAAAAAGGCAGGUGGGUGGAGCAAAACCAUUAGGCGAGAAAGAUUCACUCGUGAGAUCUACCAAAUGUUGGCUCAAGAACAAGAGACCCCAAAAAAUGAUGUUUCAGAGGUGAUACCAAAUGAGGAAGACGAUGAGCACGACUCUAAGGAGUGUGUGCUUCAAAGGUAUUUUCUCCAAGAAUGGGAACGACUUAAGUCUCUCCUUGAUGACAUUGUCAUCAGUGGCUGCGUCUCCGAUCCCUCCGCUGUCAACAGGAUCCGUUCCAUUCUGGAGAAGUACCAAGAACAGGGUCAAUUGCUAGAGCCUUACUUGGAGAGCAUUAUUUUGCCACUUAUGUCCAUUGUCCGCUUAAAAACAAUUGAGUUGGGGGUGAUCUCUGAUGACAUUCUUGACAUAAUUAAGCCUUUGUGCAUUAUUAUUUAUUCUCUUGUUACGGUUUGUGGAUACAAGGCUGUUAUCAAGUUCUUUCCACAUCAGGUCUCUGAUUUAGAACUUGCUGUCUCUCUUUUAGAGAAGUGCCACCACAAAACAACAGCAACAUCAUUGCGGCAAGAAAGUACGGGAGAGAUGGAGGCAAAAUGUGUCAUACUUCUGUGGCUUUCUAUCCUUGUUUUGGUGCCUUUUGAUAUCUCCAGUGUGGAUACUAGUAUGGCAAACAGUAACUUUGUUGGUGGGACAGAGCUGUCUCCUUUGGUAUUAAGAAUAUUAGAGUUCUCUAAGGAUUACCUUUCAAAUGCUGGUCCUAUGCGUUCCAUAGCUGGGCUGUUGCUCUCGAAGCUCUUGACACGUCCAGACAUGCCAAAGGCCUUUACUAGCUUUAUUGAAUGGGCACACGGAAUUUUAUCGUCCGUCACAGAUGAUACCGUUGACCAUUUCCGAUUACUUGGUGUUGUUGGAGCAUUGGCAGCCAUUUUCAAGGCUGGUGGUCGAAAAUUUUUGCUUGAUCUGGUUCCUAUGGUUUGGAAUGACACCUCGAUCUUGAUUAAAUCCAAUGCUGCAACUCGAAGUCCUUUACUUCGCAAGUUUCUGGUGAAAUUAACUCAGCGGAUUGGUCUUACUUGCCUCCCUCAUCGUUCUCCAUCAUGGCGCUAUGUGGGGAAAAGCAGUUCAUUGGGAGAGAAUAUUUCAGAAAUUGUUACUGACAAACAUGAUCGAUGCAGCCAUGAUCCGAAUGUGAACUCCUGGAAUUCAGAACAAAAUGCAAGGUGCACACAAGAAGACAAUAUGGAUGUUCCAGAAAUUGUAGAGGAGAUUAUUGAGCUGCUAUUGUCAGGAUUGAGAGAUUCAGAUACUGUUGUCCGCUGGUCUGCAGCAAAAGGUUUAGGUCGUGUAACUGCAUGUUUGACAUCUGAACUUGCGGAUGAAGUCCUAUCAUCAGUAUUGGAGCUUUUCUCUCCAGUUGAGGGAGAUGGUUCAUGGCAUGGAGGUUGCUUAGCAUUAGCUGAAUUGGCUCGCAGAGGUUUGCUAUUACCUAGUAGUCUUCCUGGAGUUGUUCCAUUUAUUAUAAAGGCACUACAUUAUGAUAUUCGUAGAGGUCCACAUAGCGUUGGAUCUCAUGUACGUGAUGCUGCUGCCUAUGUUUGUUGGGCAUUUGGCCGUGCAUACUAUCACUCAGACAUGAAAGAAAUUUUGGUGCAGCUUGCUCCCCAUCUUUUAACCGUGGCCUGUUAUGACCGUGAGGUCAAUUGUCGAAGAGCAGCUGCAGCUGCUUUUCAGGAAAAUGUUGGAAGACAGGGGAGUUAUCCACAUGGAAUUGACAUAGUCAAUGCGGCAGAUUAUUUUUCACUUUCCUCACGAGUAAAUUCCUAUCUUAAUGUUGCUGCAUGCAUUGCUCAGUUUGAGGGGUACCUUUGUCCUUUUGUGGAAGAAUUGCUGUUCAACAAAAUCUGUCACUGGGAUCGAGGUUUGAGAGAACUUGCUGCAGAGGCCCUUGGUGUUCUUGUAAAAUAUGACCCUGAAUAUUUUGCCACAACUGUGCUAGAAAGAUUAAUUCCCUUUUCUCUUUCAAUUGAUCUGUGUAUGCGUCAUGGAGCUACUAUUGCUGUGGGGCAACUAGUUUUGGCUGUCCAUCAGUGUGAUCAUGUGCUUUCCACUGAUAAGCAAAAAGAUGUUGCUGGUAUUGUUCCUGCUAUUGAGAAAGCUCGCCUUUACCGUGGCAAGGGUGGAGAAAUCAUGCGUUGUGCUGUUUCACAGUUCAUCCGUUGUAUCUCUCUGAGUCAUGUGUUCUUGCCAGAGAAGACAAUGAGAAGUUUGCUCAAUACUCUUAAUGAAAACUUACGGCAUCCCAAUGCUCAGAUACAGAGUGCUGCUGUUGAAGCAUUAAAACACUUUGUUCCUGCAUAUCUUGUCCGGAUUGAUGAUGGAGGUGCUAAUGGUAUCACAUCACAGUACCUGGAACUUCUAUCUGAUCCUAAUGCUGCAGCAAGGCGAGGAUCUGCACUGGCUCUGGGUGUCAUGCCUUCCGAGUUUUUGGCUACUAGAUGGAGGGAUGUAUUAUUAAGGCUUUGUAGCUCUUGCGCAAUUGAGGAUAACCCUGAUGAUAGAGAUGCUGAAGCACGUGUAAAUGCUGUCCGAGGACUUGUAUCUGUAUGUGAAACAUUAAGCAAGACAAUGAAACCUUCUGUUUCUCUUUCUCCAGAGGAUUAUAGGGCUCUGUAUCUUCUGAUCAAGAAUGAAGUCAUGUGUGCCUUAUUUAAAGCCCUUGAUGAUUAUUGUGUAGAUAACAGAGGAGAUGUGGGUUCAUGGGUCCGUGAGGCUGCCAUGGAUGGUCUUGAAAAAUGUACAUAUAUCCUUUGUGAGAGAGAAUCUGUGGGCUUCCCAACAAAAAUGCCUGGACUUGAAAACACUGUUCUGCCGGAGAGUGAAAUUUCUGAAAGUGAUCAUAGUCAUUCGCUUUUUGAUGCAAGUCUUGCAACAAGAUUAGUUGGAGGCCUUUUAAAACAAGCUGUCGAAAAAAUUGAUAAAAUAAGAGAAACGGCUGGAAAAAUUCUUCAAAGGAUUUUGUCCAAUGAGAGUAUUCUUGUCCCCUGCAUGCCCUAUAGGGAAAAGCUAGAAGAAAUUGUUCCUAAUGAAGUGGAUGUCAAGUGGGGAGUGCCCACUUUCUCGUACCCACGUUUUCUACAAUUGCUUCAAUUUAGUUGCUACAGCAAAUUUUUGAUUUCUGGGUUAGUAAUCUCUGUUGGGGGAUUGCAAGAUUCCUUGCGGAAGGCAUCUCUCUCGGCCCUGUUAGAAUAUCUUCAAGAUAUCCAAAAUGAUGAAAGUGAAAGAAGAUCCAGAGAGUACAUGCUUGCUUCUGACCUCCUUUGGGUUCUCCAACAUUAUAGGAGAUGUGACAGGGUCAUCAUACCUGCUUUGAAGACCAUUGAGAUUCUUUUCAGUAAAAAGGUCAUCUUGCAGAUGGAGGCUCAUACUGCUGAAUUCUUUCAUGGAGUUUUGGAUUCCCUUGCCAUUGAGCUGAAGGGAUCAAAAGACUUCUCCAAGUUAUAUGCUGGCAUUUCAAUUCUUGGAUAUAUAGCUGCUUUGCUGGACCCAUUGAACACUCUGGCCUUUCGUCAGCUUCUAAUUUUUCUUGGCCAUCGAUACCCAAAGAUACGGAAGGUUGCUGCUGAUCAGGUGUACCUCGUGCUCAUGCAAAGUGGUAAUCUUGUGGCAGAGGACAAAAUGGGGAAGGCCCUUGAUAUCCUUUCUGAAACUUGUUGGGAUGGUGACUUAGAGGAAGCAAAGCACCAAAGAUUACAAUUAUAUGAAAUAGCUGGCUUAGAAACUAAAGUUUUGAUGACUAGAAGCAAAGAAUCAAACAAAAAUGAUGACAAAAGAGCUGCCGCAGCUGAUGAAAAUGCAUCAUAUUCUUCAUUAGUUGGCUCAUCUGGGUUCUGAAGCCAGUUAUUUUUAUCUAUCAUUUCUGCUGGAGUUGGUGUGGGAAUCAAAAUAAUUCUGUUUCUUUCCCUGUUAUUUACGAGUUACUCGGGGGCUGUU